UUGGACAUCACCCCUCUUUCUUUCCCUGCCCUCCAUCUCACCCCUCUUCCCUGUCUUAGUCACCGCACGGAUGUGUCAUUGUUUCUAUCACUUCGGAGGUUCAUGCCCGCUGGAGCGCAGCGAGGUGAUCUCCGGAUCUUCACCUCCUCCAAACAAACCACCACCUCCCGAUUUCCCAAUGGAUGGCAUCGCUGACACCUUCCUCUGCCAGGCCUGUGGGCCACAUGACGGCGCUGACCACACCUCCAGGCCGCGGCCGUAAAGGAUGUAUAAAUAAGGGGGUAAGGCCAGAAGUGGGAGUAGAAUCUGCUCAGACCAGAUGAAGAUGGAGCUCGCCGGGGUCAACUGGAUGCUUGCAGCUGCCGUGUUUCUCCUGUGUGCCAGUGGCGGGUCUUCUGCGCCGAUGCUGUGCCACUUCAACUCCAGAGCGCUGUGUGAGUUCGAAGGGAGGCACUUCUCGCUGGGGGAAAGCUGGAUGGACGACGCUUGUAUGCAGUGCACCUGCCUGCAUCCCGUCGGCGUCGGCUGCUGCGAGACGGUGCAUCGACCGGUGGAUUUCCCUGCGUGGUGCGACGUGCGUGUGGAUUCAGCGACGUGCAAAGUGGGCCUGGUCCAGACAGCCGACCCCCGCCUGCCCUGCUACCCUGGUGAGGAAAUCAGGGACCCCGGCCACGGAUCGCUUCAGCCGCAGCAGCACCUCAUGGGGUAGAGAACUGCGCAGACCGGCGGCGAUCUGCUCAGUGCCUGUGAAACCAGUACUCACCAUAGUUAAAUAACAGUAACCCUUUCAUUUACAUACUAAUAUAAAGCUUUAACAACAUCUGUACUUUGUUUGAUUGUAUUAUCAAUGAAGGAAAUGUGAGUGAGGUGUGUGUGUAAAAAAUAUAUUUAAGUCAAAUCUAGUGGAGAAUAUUUUUAAAACUAAACUCACCAAAGGAUGGACCACAGUAACACACUUGUCUGUCCAAUUCUUUGAUUACUCCAAUAAUUAUAUAUAUAUUUUGACCUGCUCUCAGCUGUAACCCUGUUAUGCUCAAAAUAAAAAUCUUAUUUACAAA